GCGGGAGCCCAAGUGAGGACGCCGAGACCUCCCGGAAGCCGGGAAAUGGACUUGGUGGCCUUUGAGGAUGUGGCGGUGAACUUCACCCAAGAGGAGUGGGCUUUGUUGGAUCCUUCUCAGAAGAAACUCUACAGAGAUGUGAUGCAGGAAACCUUCAUUAACUUGGCCUCUGUAGGGAAAAAAUGGGAAAACCAGAACGUUGAAGAUGAGUACAAACAGCAGGAAAGAAACCUAAGAAGUCAUGUUGUAGAGAGACUCUGUGAAAGGAAAGAAGAUAGUCAAUUUGGAGAAAACUCCAGUCAGACACCAAAUCUUAAACUGAACAAAAAAACUCUUACUGGAGUAAAACCAUAUGAAUGCAGUGUGUGUGGAAGGGUCUAUAAGUGUCAUUCAUCUCUUAAGAGGCACAUGAAAUCUCAUAUUGAAAAUAAACCAUUUGAGUAUCACAAGUAUGGGGAGAAGUCAUAUGAGUGUAAGGAAUGUGGGAAAAUGUUCAACUUUCGAAGUUCAUUUCGAAUACAUGGAAGAACUCACACUGGAGAGAAACCCUAUGAAUGUAAACAGUGUGGUAAAGCUUUCAGCUGGCCCAGUUCCUUUCAAAUACAUGAAAGAACUCAUACUGGAGAGAAACCCUAUGAAUGUAAGCAAUGUGGGAAAGCUUUCAUUUAUCACACAACCUUCCGAGGACACAUGAGAAUGCACACAGGAGAGAAACCAUAUAAAUGUAAAGAAUGUGGAAAAACCUUCAGUCAUCCCAGUUCAUUUCGAAACCAUGAAAGAACUCACUCUGGAGAGAAACCUUAUGAAUGUAAACAAUGUGGAAAAACUUUCACAUAUUACCAAACUUUUCAAAUACACGAAAGGACUCACACUGGAGAAAAACCUUAUCAAUGUAAGCAGUGUGGUAAAGCUCUCAGUUGUCUCACAUCCUUUCGAAGUCAUGAAAGAAUUCACACUGGAGAAAAACCCUAUAAAUGUAAAAAAUGUGGUAAAGCCUUUAGUUUUCCCAGUUCCUUUCGAAAACAUGAAAGAAUACAUACUGGAGUGAAACCAUAUGAUUGUAAGGAAUGUGGGAAAGCAUUCAUUUCUCUUCCAAGCUUUCGAAGACACAUGAUCAUGCACACUGGAAAUGGACCAUAUAAAUGUAAGGAAUGUGGGAAGGCCUUUGAUUGUCCCAGUUCAUUUCAGAUUCAUGAAAGAACCCAUACUGGAGAAAAACCCUAUGAAUGUAAACAAUGUGGUAAAGCCUUUAGUUGUUCCAGUUCCUUUCGAAUGCAUGAAAGGACUCACACUGGAGAGAAACCCCAUGAAUGUAAACAAUGUGGUAAAGCCUUCAGUUGUUCCAGUUCUGUUAGAAUACACGAAAGGACUCACACUGGAGAGAAGCCCUAUGAAUGUAAACAGUGUGGUAAAGCCUUCAGUUGUUCCAGUUCAUUUCGAAUGCAUGAGAGAAUUCACACUGGGGAGAAACCUUAUGAAUGUAAACAGUGUGGUAAAGCCUUUAGUUUUUCCAGUUCCUUUCGGAUGCAUGAAAGAACCCACACUGGAGAAAAGCCCUAUGAAUGUAAACAAUGUGGUAAAGCCUUCAGUUGUUCUAGUUCCUUUCGAAUGCAUGAAAGGAUUCACACUGGAGAGAAACCCUAUGAGUGUAAACAAUGUGGUAAAGCCUUCAUCUGUUCCAGUUCCAUUCGAAUACAUGAAAGGACUCACACUGGUGAGAAACCCUACAAAUGUAAACAAUGUGGUAAGGCCUUCAGUUGUUCCAGUUCUGUCCGCAUGCAUGAAAGGACUCACACCGGAGAGAAACCUUAUGAAUGUAAACAGUGCGAUAAAGCUUUCAGUUGCUCCCGUUCCUUUCGAAUCCAUGAAAGAACUCACACUGGAGAGAAACCCUAUGAAUGUCGACAGUGUGGUAAAGCCUUCAAGUGUUCCCGUUCCUUUCGAAUACAUGAAAGAACUCAUAUUGGAGAGUAACCCUAUGAAAGUAAGCAAAUGUGGUAAAGCUUUCAGUUUCCCAUUUCCUUUUGAAGACAUGAAAGGACUCACUGAAGAGAACCCCUAUGA